UUUGUUUUAUUUUAAGUUCAAGAAAGUGUUAGCUCUAUCUGGGACAAAAAAUAACUUGUCCCUGAGGCAUUAUGGACAAUAUUGUGGAAUACCAAUACAUCUUUUUAGACAUUAUGACUGAAUAAAAAAAAUAUAAGAAUUUGUAAGUUAUGAAACUCCUGGAAAUAAUCUUCUGGACAAAGUUUAAAUUAUGACUUAUUCCAAAAUGCCUCUCAGAACACUCAAGUGGCCAAAGCACUUUGGCUUUGAUAUAGUUGGGCAAGGCCCAUGUUUUGUUUUACAUGUUGAAAGAGGAAGUAUUGCUUACAAUUCAGGACUACAGUGUGGUGACCAAAUACUUGAACUUGAUGACCAAGAUGUUACAAACAUGUCAGCGGAGGCACUGAAGACACUUGCCAAGCACAGCCGGAGUCAGCCGCCAACCCUUGGUGUGGUGUCUCGGAUACUUCACGUUGAUGUGGUAGGGAAUAAGUCGGUGGGACUGGGGAUGGUGGUCAGUGACAGUAAACCUGUACAUGUGUGGACUGUGGAGAAUAAUGGACCAGCUCACGUGAUGGGAAUAAGACCAGGUGAUGUGAUAGCUGAAGUCAAUACAAACCCAGUGUAUUCAGUGGAUGAUUUGAAACCAUACCUUGGUAGUUAUUCAAGGAGGGUAACUCUCUCAAUUAUCCCCCUAGGCAAGUACGCCCAACCAUCUGUCCCUGCUAAGACUGAUCCUCCAGAGACCAAUGGGAAACAAGUAUCUGAAGGGAGCAGAGUUAAGAGAGCCAAAGACCUGCAUGACAAGGUACUGAUUGUACUUGUUUCAUUUAUUUCUAGUCUGUUUUAA